GGCGGUGGCGGUAGGAAGCCGGAGACAGCAGGGUGACAGGUAGGCGGCGGUGCUGUCUUUGGGGGACGCAAAGUGCUAGAUGAAGAGGGUUUUUCUUCUCCUUCGGCCGCGGAAACUACAGAGGGGAGCUGGCGAGGGUGGUCUGGAAAGGCGGUAGCCUGUGUGUUGGUGGUCCCGGAACGUCUCGUAAACCAGAAUUGGAAAAUAUUUUAACUCUUAACAAAUGAAUUCCCCACUUCAAGUCUGCCGAAUUCCUGUGCCACCUCCUCCUUUAGAAAACUGAUCUUAAUACAGAGAUAAAAGAGGAGUAGAAGGUAAAAGAAAAUGCUGGGAACUGACCGUUGUGUUGUGGAAGAAUGGUUAUCAGAAUUCAAGGCAUUACCUGACACUCAGAUCACCAGUUAUGCAGCAACUUUACACCGGAAAAAAACACUUGUACCAGCCCUCUAUAAAGUUAUUCAAGAUUCAAAUAAUGAGCUCCUGGAGCCUGUCUGCCAUCAGCUGUUUGAGCUCUAUCGUAGCUCGGAGGUUCGACUUAAGAGGUUCACACUGCAGUUCUUGCCAGAAUUGAUGUGGGUUUAUUUACGGCUUACAGUUAGCCGAGACAGACAGAGUAAUGGUUGCAUUGAAGCACUUCUGUUAGGAAUUUACAAUUUGGAAAUCGCUGAUAAAGAUGGGAACAAUAAAGUUCUGUCUUUCACUAUCCCUUCCUUAUCCAAGCCUUCAAUAUAUCAUGAACCUUCAACAAUUGGAUCCAUGGCUUUGACAGAAGGGGCAUUGUGUCAGCAUGAUCUCAUCAGAGUUGUUUAUAGUGAUCUUCAUCCUCAGAGGGAAACAUUCACUGCACAGAACCGGUUUGAAGUCCUGAGUUUUCUCAUGCUGUGUUAUAAUUCUGCUAUUGUAUAUAUGCCUGCCUCAUCUUACCAAUCUCUUUGUCGGAUGGGUUCCAGGGUUUGUGUGAGUGGGUUUCCACGGCAACAUGAAAAACAUUGGAAAGAACUCUGUGGUCGAAUAGUAUUGGAUCCUGAAUUUAUGGUGCAACUUCUCACAGGGGUUUAUUAUGCCAUGUAUAAUGGACAGUGGGACCUUGGCCAGGAAGUUCUUGAUGAUAUCAUUUAUAGAGCCCAGCUAGAGCUUUUUUCGCAACCACUAUUGGUUGCCAAUGCCAUGAAAAACUCAUUACCAUUUGAUGCUCCUGAUUCUACACAAGAAGGCCAGAAAGUCCUUAAAGUUGAAGUCACUCCAACAGUGCCGAGGAUUUCUCGGACUGCAAUUACAACAGCUUCAAUUCGUCGUCAUAGAUGGAGAAGAGAAGAUGGCUUUGACUUCUCAAACGAGGCUGACUCGAGUAUUCCUGGCUCCCCGAUCCAACACGGCUCCACUGACCUAGGGAUCAAACGUGUGCAAGAGGGGGAGGUGCUGGUGCGCAGGACCCCUGAGCAUGGCUCGCCGGAGCCCAACUCAGCAACAGCCACAACAGAGGGUGCUGAGGGUGUAAAUGGAGGAGAGGAGUCUGUAAACCUGAAUGAUGCAGAUGAAGGAUUUUCAUCAGGGGCUUCCCUCAGCAGUCAGCCAAUUGGGACCAAACCAUCCUCCUCUUCUCAGAGGGGAAGCUUAAGGAAAGUAGCAACUGGGCGUUCAGCCAAGGAUAAAGAAACAGCCUCUGCCAUCAAAUCCAGUGAGAGCCCUCGAGAUUCAGUAGUUCGCAAGCAGUAUGUACAGCAACCAACUGAUCUUAGUGUAGAUUCAGUUGAGCUGACACCAAUGAAGAAACACCUGAGCCUGCCUGCUGGCCAGGUGGUGCCAAAAACCAAUAGCUUAAGUCUAAUCCGGACAGCCAGUGCUUCCUCAAGUAAAUCAUUUGACUAUGUAAAUGGCAGUCAAGCAAGUACCAGCAUUGGGGUUGGCACUGAGGGAGGUACUAAUUUAGCAGCUAACAAUGCUAAUCGAUACUCAACUGUCAGUCUGCAGGAAGACCGGCUAGGUCAAGCUGGCGAAGGUAAAGAGCUCCUCAGCCCAGGAGCCCCCUUGACCAAGCAGUCUCGAUCCCCAAGUUUCAAUAUGCAGCUAAUAUCCCAGGUGUAGUUUUGACAUCCUCCCUCAUCUUUCUGCUUACCUUUUAAACUGAACAUUUCAUUGUGCAAGAAGACACUUCAUCCCACAUUGUGAAAAUAUUGGUCACUGUUAUCAGAUUUCAUUUAGUUUAGGUAUCUUCAUACUGUAUUUUGUAUCAAAACAGCAAUAAGGUUUUCUUUAUCCCUCUUUCCUACAUCUUCUCUUCACCUAUUUCUUGUAAAUGUGUUUGUGAAGCAGUAUAAAAUGUUUGCCUUUUCCAUGCCUUCCUUUCUCCUUGGGUGAUGUGCAAUCCAUCGUAGGCUGAUCGGUCCCAUUUCAACACUGUGAGACUGAGGAUACGUUAGAGGAAAUGGUGUAUAUGAUCCCUAUGAAACGAUUCUUUGGCUUUUGUUUAAAAACAAAACGGGUUUGUUCUCAUAAUCUAUAGCACUAUGAAGAUUACUGGAUCAUAUUUUUUUCUCUUAACCAGGAGUGCCUCAGAGAUUCUGCUAUGACUUUGGACUUCUCUGAGUCUGUGCAAUCAUUUUCUGGAGAAGCAUGGGGAAAGGUGGUAGACUGCUGCACUUUUUCAUUAAAAUGAGGGUAGCUUUUUCUCCACCCCCCCAUCUCCUUUAUCCCGAAGACAUAAAUGUUCAAUUACGGAGGCAUUUAAAUCAAGUUGUGACCACCUCCAUUGGAGGGCAGGACUCUUAAGUUGAUUGUGUAAUUGAUAAUGCACUUUCUCAAUGGCUCUAUAGUCAUUAUUAACAUGUCUUCCCUCUUCCCCACAAGGACAUAUAAGGUCAUUUCUGUCCUUCAAGUUUGGCCAACUAACAAAUCAGAAUCUGAGGGGCAUGUUCUAUUUCCCAGGAAUGAUUGAUACUUUGGUGCUGGGGUUUUGUGGGGGCGGGGGGGUAGUUUUUGUUUAGCUUGUGUGGAGACUGUGUGUGUGAGAGGAGAUUUUGAUUUUUUUUUUUUCUUUUCCUUUGUGAGCUGAUGGCUGAAGUGUAACAGUACAUCUUCAGGUAAAGAGAGGGAUUUCUCAAUCUACUUUCUGUUAUGUCAGACUAUAAGAGAAACCCUUUCAGCUGCUUUCUAGAUGUACCUAAAUUCAGUCAGAUAUUUUGGAUUAAGAAACCUAAAGUCCUGAUACAUUACAUACUCCAAGGAAAUAUAUCAGGGACAGACAAUUGGCUGAAAACACUGAUACUUCAAUGUGACACAUUUUUAUAGAACAUUUCUACCAGGGGGUACUGACCUUGAUUUCUCCUACAAGGACCACACUGCCUUUGUGUUUAAUGUAAUGCAAUUUGUGUACCUUCUAAUCAUAUAUCUGCAGUUCCUCAUUUUUAUAAAACUUUGAAAUCAUGCCAGUAAGCUAGAUGUUGAAUGUAUGUAAGUAGCAUUUGGUAACUGCUAAGAGGUUACAAAAACAUUAUUGGCAAAAAAAAUUUUCUUAGUUCUCAUCUGGUUUGAUAGAUUUUAUCAUAACCUCUUCUGGGUCUCAGGCUCUGAUGUUUGAAAAAGAAGGGAAUAUAUUGGGUUUUAAAAAAAUGUAUUGUGACUUAAACUGUUAUAAGUUAUCCUUCCACAGAAUACAUCAGAGCUAUUAGUGCUUUAUACAUUUAGAUGUUUUUACUUGAUUAUUAUUUAAGAAAAAUAUACUGAAUUUAUAGAAAGCAAGUAUUCUCCUAAUUAGCAAAGGUUAAAAUUUUAUCUCUACCAUGAAAAUUACAAUAGAUUUUGAUAAAUAACCAGAAAAAACGCCUUUUUUUUUUCACACCUAGCAAUCCUCCCGUUUUUUAUUGUAAGAACUUUCUUUUUUCUUUAAGAGACUUUCUGUUAGACUCUUUAUAUAUGAGAUGCUUGUUUAAAUUUGGUGGUCUGUAACAUUUUCCAGCUCAUGUGAAAAUGGAAAACUAGAACCUGAACUAGUAUCUACAACAUUGCCAAAGUCCGGGGUAAAGCUAAAAGUUGAUAAAUAGACAAUUUAUUGAUUUGUGUGUGUCUGUGUGUGUGUGUAUAUAUAUAUAUAUGGUGUGUAUAUAUAUAUAUAUAUGGUGUGUAUAUGUAUAUAUCACAAAGUUGUAUUUUAAAUAUUUUAAAUAUCUUUUAAUUUAACUAAGGAAUGUCAAAUAAAUGAAAGGAGUUUAAAAAUAGCCAAAAUAAAUGAGCUGUAAAGGCCCAUAACAUACUAAAACAGGCAGUUUCAGGUAUGUAAGGAAAGGAGUAUUAUACUUACCUAGAAAGUGAGAUCU